AAAAAAUAAAGAAUAGAGAAUAAAUAGUAGCAAAACAUAAAGAAUAGGGAUUAAUGGCAAAAAAUAUAGAGACUAAAGAUAAAUAGUCUUAAAAUUUAAAGAUUACGGAAAUGAAGACCCCCAUCUAGACACUUAACAAUGGUACAUUUGUCAAUGUCAUGUAACUUUCUCAUCCUCUUAUAAGUGUAUAUUUGGAGCGUUUUAGACUGAGACAUUUCAACUUUACUGUAGAUCACAUGACUUUUAUAUUUUAAUCUUGACUUUGUAUUCUCCAUUAUUUUUCUUUUCUUCUAUCAAUUUUUGUCUUUUUUUUUCUAGCAAGUUAAAAAAAAAAUCUUUUUUAUUUCAAAUUGUCUUGUACGGUAUUAUUUACAAUUUUUCUGUAUAAUUUCUACAGCUGUAAUUUUUUAUUACUUUUCCUUUUUCAAUCAAUUUUUGUCUUUUUUUCUUUUUUCUAGCUCGUUAUUAUAACAUUUUUCUUUCUUAUUUCAAAUUUUCUUGGACUGUAUUAUUUACAAUUUGUCUGUAUAAUUUCUACAGGCACAGGUAUUAAACUAACAAUCAAAAUAAUUAAUAACUCUUAAUUCUCAAAAUAAAGCCAUAAAAAUUACAUCACAUGUCAAUAAGUUAAUUUAUGUUGAUGAACAUCAAAGUUUACAAUAUAUCACUUUAAAACAUUACCUAUACACCUUUAUACCAGGUAACAAAAGAAAAUAACAUGUUACUUGUCCAAAUCUGUAAUUAUGCAGAACAUGAGGCCAUGAUCAUCAAUUAUUGUUCAAAUUAUUUUUUCUUUGAUUCACUAUGUCUUUUAUUAGACUUUAGAAGGACAAAUGUAUGAGAGACAGAAACAAAAUAACAUGUGCAAUUACAGUUGAAUGAAUUUUAAAUGAACUUAUAUUUUUGAAAAAGAAGAUGAUUUGCUUAACAAAUUUUGUGAUAUUAACUAUUUUGACAUUUACUGUGUAUGGACAAGUUACAAAUUCCAGUGCUAUCAACAGACAAUACCAAAAUUAUGAAUUCCCUAGCAAUAAUGAUGGCAAAAUGAGAAAUCCACGCAGUAGCCAUUGGACUAACAACAUGCAAAGAAGAAAUGAAACAUAUCUUCCACAAAGUAGACCUACCAACUACACAGAUGUGUACUUAUCUGAAGCACACCAACCUGAUACACAAAAACAAAAACUAAUGACAAUGUACCAAGGUAGGGGAGCAUGGAAUUCUCAAAAUGGUCAACCAGGACAGUCAGGUCAGCCUGGCGUCAGACAAGUCCAAAACAAUAACCAGCAUAGCAACAGAAAUCCUCAACAUGGUCAACCAGACCAUUUUGGGCAACCAGGUGGCAGACAAGUCCAAAAUACAUACCAGCAAAACAAAUGGAAUUCUCAACAAGGUCAACCAUUACAUGGGAAGGAAAACAAUGGAAGACAGCUACAACAAUUUGAUCCAAACUCUGGUACAUGGAGCCGUCGAGGUCAACCUGGCAUGGAUCCAACACUAAAUCAAUACGUGGACCAGUCUGGAAGGAACCCUAGUCAGCAGCAACAACAUGGAGGACCACCUAGUAGGUCCCAGCACUACUAUCCUUCAACAAGGAACCAGUUUUCCCAGCAACAGUUACUUCCUACUCACUUAAAUAAUGGUGGAAUGGGAAUGAAUCCUGGGAUGGUUCCAGCAGGAAAUCCCCUGGAUUCUAGAAUGAUGGGGAUGCCAAUGAUAGAUCCUGACCUUCCUGAUGGCUUGGAUGACCUUUGGGAAAUGCAACAAAAACAAAGGGCAAUGAAACACAUGAUGGCAGCUAAUCCAGGCCUUGCUGGGCAAAUGGCAGCUAAUCCAGGCCUUGCAAGGCAAAUGGCAGCUAAUCCAGGCCUUGCUGGGCAAAUGGGAGCACCAAUAACAAAUCCCAAUAGAUUACAGGGUUCACAAUACAGUGGACCACUUCAAAGGAAAGAUACAGGAGGCCCGGGCAGUGUCCGAAUAUGGACAAACCCAAACACUACAGAUAACCUCAGGGGUCCAAACAGGGGACCUUAUCAUCAAGGAAAUGGUCCAUUACGUAGAAACUUUGAAGAAAAUUCUGUGAAGAAAGACAAAAUAAUGCCAUUACGACCUUCAAGUUUUGGUGAUGUUUCAAACAAACUUAUCACAAAUCACAUGUCAAAUGAGCAAAAGAAAGAUUUAAUCGGACUAACAACUGCAAAGCCUUUACCUAAUGUCCAUCAGAAUGUUCAACCUCAUCCGUAUCUUCAAUCUGUAUCGGGAGCUCAAACAAAAACAACCCAUGUGGAAACUGGAAAUUAUAGAAACAGAUGGUAUCGAAAAAGAGGACGAGACAACAAAAUAACUGAUGCAACAACUUUGCCGCCUCGUCCUGUCUCACCAACAGAGGAUCCCUCAGCAGUGUGGAAUGUACAACAUCUGCAACCGACUUAUAGUUAUGGGGAAGAUAUACAUCAAAGAUAUAGAUCAAAUGACAUGGGUCAACAACAGACGCAACAGAUACAAUAUGAACGAGGACCAAGUAAUCACAAUUUACCCCAGACUUACAAAGAUACAGACAAUGAACAUCAUCAAAACAAGGUUAAUUAUAAUAUGCAACAGAAUGGUCAAAAUUAUUAUCAACAAAAUGUACCCAAAGAUAGUACACAAAGUCAAUCUAAUUCUAAAGUGGCAUCUGCAUGGGAUCCAAGACAACUACCACAAAUGUCUGAAAUCCAAGACAAUGUUCCACAGCAACAUAGAAAUCAACCCACAGAGUCAAAACACAUGCCACAAAUGUCUGAGUAUCAAUACAGUAACACUCAAUAUAAUCCUAGGCAACAACAAGAGAUGGAAGAUUAUCAAAGGUUUUUAAAUCAACAAAGAGGUCAACAUGUGGGACAAGUUGGAGAUAAAAGAAACAUUUAUCCAACCAAUGAUGAAAAUCAGAUAAACCAAAGACAUGUAAAUAAUUGGCAAAGUCCUUCUAGAUCUGAAUUUGAAGAGAAUGAAGGAAAAAGUACCCAAAGGGAAAGAAUCCCUAGUAGAAUAAAUAGUGAAACUCGAUCCAAAACACGUAAUAUUAUCAGCCAAUUAGAUUUAAGCAAGUUCAAAUCAUCUGAUCCAACCCGAUCAGUCAAACCAUCACAACAAACCCAAUCAAUUGAAAUAUCACAUCAAACCAAAUGGACUGGUAACCAGGUCGAACAUGAAAGAGAACGGGAACAAGAAACAGAAAGGGAGAAUGAAAAUAGUGCUUUGAGAAACUCCCCAGCAUAUGGUCCCACCUCAAGAAAUGGUCCCAUUAACCGAUCGAAGCUACAACAAAUGGUUCGAGAAAGAAUGAGACAGAACGGUGCGUUGCCAUGGAGUCCUGUUAGAGAGGGUGGGAACAGGUAUAAUACUCAUCAAGGUCAAAUUUAUCCAACUGAACAAGCAUUAGUAGAAGCAACACUUGUCCACAACAGAAGUAAACUAGCAGGUGAUAAAGGAGAGAUAACAUUUAGUGCAGGAACUUCUGACCCAAGACUGCUGCAUGUUUCUCCUAAGAUUCCAGGCAGUCAAGGACAUAUGACAGGUACACAUGACCUAAGAACAAUGCAACCUUCCAUUACUGGAAGAGGAUUUUGGAAUAAUAAAACAAGAAUUCCACCAAUCACUGGUAGGGAGGUUUGGAUAGACCCUGCCAAUCAAAAAGAGAUUGCUGCAGCUGAACUUUCUCCAGCCAUUAUAAGUGAUAUAGUUGACAGUUUUCUAUUAGGAGGUGGAGAUGAAAUUGAGACUCCUUUCGGGAAAAUUGAGCGAGAAGAAAGUGGAGGGUAUGAGAUUGAAGGACCUUUAUUUAGAAUGAUCUUGAGAGAAAUAUAUGAAAGCAUCCAUAAUGAAAAUAUUUCUUCAACUACCGGUAAAGAGCUUGAACAUCAAAGGAAACUGAGGGGUUUUGAUUUGUCAGCAAAAAAGACAAGUUUUCCCAAUACUCAAAGGACAAUUAUAACUGGGAAGUCAACUCUAACAAACACAAAUGGUAUUAAUGAACAACACAGAUCUAUAUGGGAUUCUUUACAAAUAGCUGAUAAACCUAGUACUAAGGCACCACCACAAUCAGAUAAUAAUGGACAACAGCUAAGGGUACCUGAUGUUUCAAGUAACACUGGACGUCCCUGGGAACCCGUGGCUCAAAAGGCUCAAAAUAUUCCUGCACCUCCCUGGGAACCAGUAGCUCCUAUGGCUCCUAAUAAAACAGCAUUAGAAGCAAAGAUAGAAACAACUUCUCAGCCUGUUCAAAAAACAAAACGGAUAAUAGAAAAGGUGGCAUCUACCACAACCAUGGCAACGCCAACCACAACUUCUGCAACCAUAGCAACUCCAAAAACUUCAGAAAUGUCGUAUAGUAGUACAACUCAGCAAGUUGUAAAAUUAGCCCUCCCAAGGGUACCAACUACAACAUGGAAACAACUCUUAUCUGACGAACCCAUAAGUCUCAAUAAAAAGCCACCUGUAGCUGCUAGAAUGAUCUGGAUUCCUGAAGAACAGGGAACUGUGGGUAAUAACACGUAUAAGGAGAAGGAAAUUGAAAAGGUAAUAAAACGUGAACCCCCAUCUGACUCUGCCUUUGGAGUAAUGAUUGUUAUUAUAGUUGUCAUUGCAAUUCUAGUGGCCCCAGCUUUCUGCAUCGUUUGGAGAAUUCGUAAACAUCUGAAUGAAAAGAAGUUAAAGAAAAUACUUGAUGACAGUGAUAUAAAAUCUGUGACAGAGACAAUGAUAUCACAUGACUUUGGAAAAUGUGAGGAUUUUGAAAAGGAACGAGGGGCUCGAAGGAAAACAUACAACAGAGAUUACAACUCAAGUGACAAAACAUAUCAUGAAUUACAACCAUUAAAAUCAGCCAGCGGAUGGACCUCUCCUACUGUCAUAGUUCACCAAGUCAAUGAAAUCUAUUAA